GCGGUGCACUGAAGCACAUGGCUCCUCCCUCUUUACGUUGAGUUUUGCAGCAGGUCGCGCGGCUGGAGCUUCUUGUGCAUCAAGGGAAAGUGAAGUUUCGCUUCCACAUCACGGAACAGGGGUGGAUACUAUCAGCUUUUAGCAGAGAUACUGACUGAGCUGACAGGCGCUAUCAGGGCCACACGGAAGGCGUGGAAUCGACCUCUGAGCCAAGUGCACUUAUAAAACACGUUCAAGUCCCUCUUUUAAGGUGACGAGCAAUCUUCAAGAUGUCUUCUGGAAACGCUAAGAUCGGUCAGCCUGCUCCUCAGUUCAAGGCCACAGCUGUGGUAGACGGACAGUUUAAAGACAUUCAGCUCUCUGACUACAGAGGGAAGUAUGUUGUGUUGUUCUUCUAUCCACUCGAUUUCACCUUCGUGUGUCCUACUGAGAUCAUCGCGUUCAGCGAUCAGGCCGCUGAGUUUCGUAAAAUCGGCUGCGAGGUCUUCGCUGCCUCCACCGACUCUCAUUUCAGCCAUCUGGCAUGGAUCAACACUCCCAGGACGCAGGGUGGCCUCGGCUCCACGAACAUCCCGCUGGUGGCUGACCUGACUCAGUCCAUCUCCCGCGAUUAUGGCAUCCUGAAAGAGGAUGAAGGCAUCGCCUACAGAGGUCUGUUUGUGAUUGACGAUAAAGGCAUCUUGAGGCAGAUCACCAUCAAUGACCUGCCGGUGGGCCGCUCGGUGGACGAGACGCUGAGACUGGUGCAGGCCUUCCAGCACACCGACAAAUAUGGAGAAGUUUGUCCUGCUGGAUGGAAACCUGGAAGUGACACUAUUGUUCCAGAUGUGCAGAAGAGCAAGGAGUUCUUCUCCAAGCAGUAACAGUCCUGUCGUAUUUCCCGGAUCGUGCUCCCAUUCAGUGGGACGCUAGAGCACUUAACCUUAGCCUGAGAGUUCUUGAAAAGUUGUCUAAGCCAACGUAACAAACUCUUUGCAGUUUAAAUGCACUUGUUAGACAGAUUUCUUUUCCUUUUCAUUGUCUGAAGAAGCUGUUGCGGUCAGCAUCUCCCAUGCAUUGAAAUGUCUGUAGUUUGUUUUCAGCUUAUUUAAUCGGUAUUACAUAUUUAGUACUCCGUGAACAUUUGAUUCAUUUUGAAUUGUUUCAAGUUGUUUAACAAUCUGGUGAUCAUCAAUAUCUGUGAAAUAAACGGACUGUUUUUGUGUGA